AUGAGAUAUGCAUUUAAUAUGGUUACAAUGCAACGUGAAAAAAUUAAUAGACUUUUUCAAUUUCCUAUGCAAUUAGAUAUGAGUGGAUAUAUGGUAACAAAUUUAAUUGAUAGAAAUAAAUUAAUUAGUAAUGAUAAUCAAGAUGAUUAUGAUGAUAAAGAUAAUGAAAAUUCAAAUAAAUAUCCAUGUUCUCCAUCAUCGGAUAAUGAAUCACAUUUAUUUGAAUUAAUUGGUGUUACGGUUCAUACAGAUACAGCUGAAGGUGGUCAUUAUUAUUCAUUUAUACGUGAACGUGUUAAACGUUCAAAUGAUAAUAAUUUUUCGACGAAUUCAGAUAUUUUAUUAGAUAAUCAACAACAAUGUCAACAACAUCGUUGGUAUUUAUUUAAUGAUGCUGAAGUUAAACAAUUUGAUCCAUCACAAAUAGUUAAUGAAUGUUUUGAUGGUGAAAUAACAUCCAAAGGUUAUAAUCAAGGUUCUGAUCGUUUUCUUGAUUUUCAAUUUGAAAAAACUCAUUCAGCUUAUAUGUUAUUUUAUGAACGUAUUAAUACACCAUCAUCACCAUCAAUAACAACAAAUCUACCAACAUUACAAUUAAAAGAUCCAAUAGUAUAUACAAUACCAAAAGAUAUAUCAGAUUGGAUAUGGGAAGAUAAUCGACGUUUUGUACGUGAUAGACAUUUAUUUGAUCAUCAUUAUUUUACAUUUAUGUGGACACUUUGUCAUCAUCAAGUACCAACAAUAAAACAAGAUGAACAACAAGAAUAA